AUGUCUACCAACGGUCGCCAGCAGAGCUACGCGCCUCCCAACGCGGGAUACAAGGGACAACACAUUCUCAACAACUACAACCAGCACGGACAAGGUCACGGGAGCGCUCAAUACCUCCCUCGAGGUCUGCCUAUGUCCCCCCACGGUGAUAAUGGUAUGCAAGGUCUGACGAGCAACUUGGCAGCUCUCAACAUGCACGCAUCCUACGGUUCGUCCGCUACCUCCAAGUCUGCUAGCUCUGCACUUUCAGGGGGUUCAUCCGACUAUGGCAACAUUCCUCUUUCUAAUGGUCAAGGACUCUGGGUUCCCAACCAGCAGGUUCUCGGAUCCAUGUAUCAGAUGAUGCCUGGUGCUCAGCAGCAGACUGCCAUGGCGGCUUCUCCUAGCAUGUACAACCACACCGGUGCGUACGUUCCGCAGGCAGCUUACCAAUAUGGCCAAGCUGUCAUCGAUAACAGCGCUAUACCACCGGCAUGGGCUGCUCGAAUGUCCUCCGCCGAGAUGCCGUCGCUUAUGACACCGCGUCGUGACUCUAUCUCCUCCAACGAGAAUGACAACCCAGGCACACCUUACGGCAGUGGUGGUAUGUAUCACCGCUUUGGCAACAACACGGCUAUUAUGGAUCGCUCGCCGAAUGCCCUCUACUCCAGCAGUGCCACUCCUUCGCCAUCACAGCUGGUCCACCCCUACCAGGUCAUGGCGCCCACCCCGAAGCAGCAGACCAUGCCCACAUUGCCUCCCAAUCUACUGGCAUUAGUGCACCAGGAGCCCCCCAUUCCUCGGGCCAUUCCCGCUCCUAGCUCCCCGCACAAGCCACUCGACCGUAGCCUGGAGAACAAGACUGGUGAGACCAACGUUUACAUCCGAGGCCUGUUGCCCGAGACCACUGACGAGAUGCUUCACUUAUGGGGCAAGCGUUUCGGAGACAUCCAGAGCUCCAAGUCCAUCAUCGACCUGAAGACCAACCUUUGCAAGGGCUUCGGAUUCAUCAAGUACCAUAACUUCGAAGACGCUGAGGACUGUAUCCGCGGCUUCCACUACCUCGGAUACGAAGUCAGCUUUGCUCGGGAAUCAUUCUACUCCAAACUCAAGAAGUUCGCCGACGAGUGUAACACCAAUCUUUACGUAUCCAACAUCCCCAAAAACAUGAACGAACAUGAGCUCGCCUCCAUCUUCGCACCUCACAAGGUCUGCUCGAGCAGGAUACUUCGUGACUCUUCCGGUACCGGCCGUGGUGUCGGUUUUGCUCGCUUUGAAUCUCGCGAUAUCUGCGACGAGGUCAUCAAAGAGUUCAACAACACUCCUGUGUCUAAGCCCGGCGGCGAAGAGCACCUCAUUCAGAUCCGCUUUUCCGAUACACACGAGCAGAAGAUGUUGAAGCAGCAGACCGCAGCUGGCCGUGUCUUCCGUGCUGCGGAGUACGAGGUCGGUGUUGCCCAGGCUAGGGCACUGGGCACGCCCGAACGCUACCUCUCCGUCUCUCCGAUACCUGCAGGUCAUGCCAACGAGUUCGAGAUGUUCAUGCGUGGCCAGCGCCAGCCAUGGUCACCACCAGUGCCAUCGACCCUUGGCCCAGCCCGAUCUUACUAUAUGCCUCAGGGCGGACCCAUCAAGAGCGAUGAUGGUGUUUCUGACAACGGUGUUGAUGUCAAGACCAACCCUGCCACUCCUGUGAAGGCCGAUACGUCUGCUUCACCGAGCCCCACCAACUAAGCAUGCACCGCCUCUUCCGGGUCGACCAUCGAUAUACCUUUCGUGUACGCACUAUUCUUCAUGAUCGCUUCUUCACCAUCCUCCAGUCACAUUUCCUUGGAGACUCCUUUUGGCAUCGAUCCUAUACCACAAGUAUACUCUACGAAGGCCACGCUAUAUCAACAUGCCACGACACGACGCUUUCGUCGUUCCUUUCUGUCGCUUGUUCUGACUUCCAUGCCCACAUCGUUGGGCCCCUAAUACUUUGCUCUUGGCGCCAGCACCUCGAACGUAUCCUUCUCAUCGGCAGUCCAGUCUCGCGUUUUCCUUUCAACUAAUAUAUUUCAGUUGCUUCUUUCACAUUUUAGAAGUAUUUGUUAGCAUCUGGGCAAGCCAGCAAACCAAAAGGAUCUUAGUGGGUCAUUCAAUGUAUCUCUUUCUCAUCGAUGGCAAGGGCAGGUUUCAUCAGCGGUGGCUAGGGCUAUGGUCGGAUUUGUCGUAGUCUCGAUAGUUCGUCG